AUUGUCAAAUGCUUUGGUUUAACACAAAACAUAUCAAAUAGAAAUUAUAUGCUUGUAAUGCGUAUUAUGGAUUUAAAUUUAAGAGAAUAUUUACAACAAAAUUAUAAUAAACUUACAUGGAAAGUAAAUAUCAAUAUUACUUUUGAAAUAGUUAGGGCACUUUAUUUUAUUCAUAAGGAAAAUGCAAUUCAUAGAGAUUUACAUUCAGGGAAUAUAUUGUUUUCAUGGUAUAUUAGUGAUCUUGGAUUUUGUGGCGUUGCUGAUAAAUCGUCAACAUGUAUAUAUGGAAAUCUUCCUUACAUAGCACCAGAAGUUAUUAAUGGAAAAGAAUAUACUUUUAAAUCUGAUAUUUAUAGUAUUGCAAUUCUUAUGUGGGAAAUUUCAUCUGGACAACCACCAUUUAUUAAUCGUGAG